UAACCUUUCAAACUGGACCACCACAAAGUGGACCAGCAGGAAGACGAUACAAGAGGCGAUCUAGAUCUCUUUCCCAAUCCUCAACAGAUAGUAAUACAUCAGGGUCCUAUUCCAGUUACUCAGAAGAUGAAGAUGAAAUCUCACCCAGACAGAAAGAACAGAAAAAUUCAAAAGGAUCAAGUGACUUUUGUGUUAGGAACAUUAAAAAGGCUGCAUUUGGUAGACGUGAGAUAGAGAUAGCAGAACAAGAAAUGCCUGGUUUGAUGCUGCUUAGGAAUAGAGUAGCUAGUGAUAAGCCUCUGAAAGGAGCAAAAAUAAUUGGAUGUACCCACAUUACAGCCCAAGCUGCGGUUUUGAUUGAGACCCUAUCAGCCCUUGGAGCAAGUAUCCGUUGGUCUGCUUGUAACAUCUAUUCCACCCAGAAUGAAGUUGCUGCUGCUCUUGCUGAAGCUGGUUUUCCUGUCUUUGCCUGGCGUGGAGAGACAGAGGAAGACUUCUGGUGGUGUAUUGAGAAAUGCAUUCUUGCUGAUGCAUGGCAACCAAACAUGAUCCUUGAUGAUGGAGGGGAUGCCACUCACCGUAUGAUAAAGAAGUGUCCAGAGACGUUUACAUUUGUCAAAGGAAUUGUGGAGGAAUCUGUAACUGGAGUUCACCGUCUCUACCAACUCUCCAAAUCAGGAAAGCUUAGCAUUCCAGCUAUGAAUGUCAAUGACUCUGUCACGAAGGUUAAAUUUGACAAUCUUUACUGCUGUCGUGAAUCCAUCUUGGAUGCAUUGAAGAGGACUACUGACACCAUGUUUGGUGGUAAACAGGUAGUGGUUUGUGGUUAUGGAGAGGUUGGCAAAGGAUGUUGUGCUGCUCUAAAGGGUCUAGGAUCUAUUGUCAGUGUGACUGAGGUUGACCCCAUCUGUGCGUUGCAGGCUGCUAUGGAUGGCUUCAGAGUUGUGAGAUUAGAGGAAGUCCUAAAAAAUGUUGAUAUUCUUAUUUCAUGCACAGGUAACAAGAAUGUUAUUCAGAGACAUCACCUUGACAGACUAAAGACUGGUUGUAUUGUUUGCAACAUGGGACACUCUAAUACAGAGAUUGAUGUGGAGAGUCUACGUACACCUGAUCUAGUUUGGGAGAGAGUUCGUCAGCAGGUAGAUCAUAUUAUCUGGCCCGAUGGUAAAAGAAUCCUCCUUCUUGCUGAGGGUCGUCUUGUGAACCUGAGCUGCUCUACUGUACCAUCAUUUGUGGUAUCAAUCACUGCCUGUACACAAGCUCUCGCUCUUAUUGAACUAUUCAAUGCUCCACAGGGCAGGUACAAACAGGAUGUAUAUCUACUCCCUAAGAAACUGGAUGAAUAUGUAGCAACCCUUCAUCUGCCAUCGUUUGAUGCUCAUCUAACUGAGUUAAGUGAUGAACAAGCUGCCUACUUGGGAUUAAACAAGACUGGUCCAUUCAAACCUAAUUACUAUAGGUAUUAAUUGGCUUGUGUAUUGAUGUGACUGGAAGUCCAGAGGCUCUCUUACUGUUCCAUUCUAUAGCACUGUAACCCACAACUGACAAGUAUUAUUCAUCAUAAUGGAGUAUAGUUUGAUAGAACAAAGUGGUAUUUUCCUAUCCCUGAAAGUGUAAUUCAGAGAGCCAUAGAAAAUAUAUAUGACUUUUGUGAAUUUUGCAAAUGAUAUGAUAUUGUAUCCAAUAUAUGCUAUGGUAAGAAGAAUAUACCAACAUGUUAUAAUGAAAAGGUAUUUGUUGAUAUUUGUGAGAAUGAGAAUCAAGAAAUAGUUGAAUGAUUACAAGGGUUUUUGGUCUUUCUCAUACCUAUAUAUAUGGCAAUAGAAUGGUAUAUGCUGUAUUCAUUAACAAUUCCCAUUUCUAUGCUAGAAGCACAGGUUAAUCUAAAUGGGGCUUGGUAAAACACACAAUAAAAAACCAUGCAAAACAGUUGUCACACUUUUUUAAUGGAAAUAAAUGACAAGUGUAUGUAAUGGACAGCUCAUCUUCUUUAUUGAUCCUUGAUUUCACAAGAUUUUAAGAUAUCUUGUGUAUCAUACUUCAUAUCAUUAAAAAGAAGAAGAAACAUAAACAAUAGUGCUAUUUCAUGGUGUAUUUUGUGAACAAGCCUUUAGAAUUGCAGGGAAUUAAAGAGUUAUGCCAUAUAUCUACCACCCAGUCCCAGUUUAUGUCCAGAUAUGUGUGUGAAGUGUAGGUGGCAUUAUACAAAUAUGUAUUAUUGAUUAUGAACUCUGAAGCAAUACAUUGUAGAAGAAAAGUUAUAUGAAUUUGCAUUUCUGUCAUUAAAUGAUUUGUAUGACAAGGAAGAAUCAACUAGAGAUGUAGAUUUAUUGUUUGAUAAAUUCAGAGAAUUUAUUAAUAAAAUCAUGUAUUGAUUGAAGCAUGUACAUAGCUGUUCUCUAAACAUGAAAAGAAUAGUACCAUAGUAGUGUCCUGUAAAGUCAGACAUUGCAUUUCAAUUAGGAGAAAUAUUGGUUUAGCAUGUUGAUUAGUUCUGUGCAGGGUGUGUUCACUUCUCAUUGUAAUAUUAUACAGGGUUGAUAUAUUUGGCGUAUUAAAUUAAAUGUCACCUGUAUGCUUACAUUGAACUCAGCUAAUGGCUGAAUUGUUUUUCUUCUCUUUAUUUAAAUAAUGAAGAAAAGUGUAAAUUGUUUAGUUCAUUCGAUGAUCUUUUCCCUUUUUUCUUAAAAGAAAUAUAUGUAUGUAUUGUCAUUAUUUUACUUUAAUUCAGUUAAUGCUGUAGUCCACCUUUCCUCUUUACAAAUAUAACAUGGCGAUUUUCAUGCCUCUGCCUCUAAGGGUAUCAGAGGCAUUGUUUUUUUUUAAACUUAAAAAAAAAAAACCAUGGUAGUGAAGGUUUUACAAUGCUGAUAUAAGAUAUCACCUUAUCACAAUCAUUACUUUAAUGAAAUAAAAAUCAAUUAAUGAAUUAUAAUUGUGAAACAAUCAUAGGGUAUACAAAUAAUAUUGUUACCCAACAGCAAUAGAGAGAACUAGAAGUUUAAAUGAAAUGAAUGCUUACAAUAACAAUGAAAUGAAUGCUUACAAUAAAAAUGAAGUGAAUUCUUUCAAUAGAAAUUUGAUUAGUAUGUUUACAGUAUUCUCCUCAGACAGUGCUACGUAAACAAAUGUGUGUAAAAUACACGAUGUAAAAGUAAAAUGUUUGGCAAGUGAUUAUCACAUGGUUUGAGACAUACAGGUGAAUCUGGUUAAUUGCUCUUGUCAUAAGCGAUGUAAAUGAUAUCAUGCUCUUUGAAUCAAAUCCACACAUUUCUGAUAUAAAUUUUUCAUUUUCGCAGUUCAUUUUGAAUUUUUCUGGGUACUCUUUUACCAAUGUUUACUACAUGUGAAUGACGCUUGGCGUCUCAUCAUGAUAAUGCGGUUAGUCUUUUUUUUCUGAAUGUUUAAAGUUGAAUUAAGAAGACGAUUCCAAAUAUUGAGAUAUUUACAUUAAUAGCAACCUUACAACCCCCCAAACACUAAGAGGUGAUUCGAACCCCCAUUUUCUUUUUUCAAAAUAGUGAAUUUGAACGAUUUAUCCCUACCCAUUUUCCCCGAGUUCGCUCCUGCAAUGCCUACCGAGACGGGUGUUCUUUGAGUGUGACGUCACCGGGGGGUAUUCGGUCCCGGUGUAGUAAACAUAGGCAGUGCCGCUUUGUGUACUAUGCAAUACGCCUUCAUAUGGAAUAACUGCAGUUGAAGUUGUAUCUGCGAGCCAUAGAACUUGCAAAGAGGAAAUGAUUAAAAUAUUUGUGGCCGUACUAUUAUUCCAAAUAUGUAAAUUCCCUCAGAAUGAUACCAUAGACCCUAAAGGAAUAAUUUCAAGGUGAAUAAUAUGAAAUUUGAUCGAGAUCUUCUCACCAGUCGAUAACGUAGCAGACGUGUUAUUAUGACAUAUUUAUCCGCGUGUGACGCGGCUCUUGCAAAAAAACACAGUUGGUUGCGGAAUUGCUUUGUGCCGACCGGCCGCCCGCUCCGGCGCAGCUAGCUGUCGAGCUACCGUACCGCAUACCUUCCUUGUUGUCUUCAACCAUAUAGAUGUAUACUAAUUACUAUAUAUCUCUCUGUCUUCAACUCACUUGCGAAUUGCGUUUGUAUGUGUGACGGUGACCCCUAGCGUAAUUAAAUAUAGAAAACAACUCAGAAGGCCGAGAAAGAAUAAUACGUUUGGUUCAAGAUUGUUCUGUGGAAUGAGCUAUGAGUGGAAAUGAUCCAGAGGAUAUAAAAGUGGAGUCAAAGACAAAAGAAAAGAAGAAAAAACGCCAGGGGAUCGCUGCACGGCCACCAGACCAUAACAGUACAUUCAAUGCCUGGGUGUUGUAUUGUGUGUACUAGUAUUAUGCGUUCAGCGCGCGCUGAGCGAGAGCUGAGCUAUCCGCCGGAAUUACUUUCCAGCUACUCACUUGAUUGAACAUCGUGAUAAAAUAAAUGAGAAAUAGUGAAAAUAUCAUUCAAUAACUCACUGUUUGCUAUCUUACAUCAUGAUUGAAGAGUUCAUGAUGGUUAUUCAUACUGUUUUUAUACAGGGAAAGUAAAGAUUUGUACAUAUCAGUCCUAUUUGUUUGAUUCGAGUUGCUUUGAAAAAAAAUUGUAAAAUAUCUUUCUCUCUCUGCAUAGCAUUUCUGUAUGACAUUCAGGCACC